AUGAGAACAAGAACUAGUAUCGCCCACAGACCGAUCUUCGUGCUGACAAGUGCCACCAGCAACACCUGCCGCGUCCGCAAGGUCAAAUGCGACGAGGCCCUGCCAGCGUGCCAACGUUGCCGCAAGGCUCAGCGAUACUGUGACCGCACCACCCCGCUCCCACAACUCAAAAAGAGCCAGCAGGAUACAGAAGAGCCCGACUCCGCUGACGAACCGCAAACUCCUUUCCCAUCACCAUCCAACCCCCGCAAAGCCCUCCAGAACCCGUCCAUAGCACGCUACUUUUUCCACUACAUCGCCGACAUCGCACCGUGGUACGACCUCAGCGAUGCGUUCCCUACCUUUGGCACAAGCCUUCCCGAGGCCGCCCUCGAUAGCCCGCUGCCCUUCGCCGCCAUCUUGGCACUGUCCGCGGUCCACACAAGCAGAACGACUGUACCGUCCGCCAGGGCGGCGGCGGAGUUCUACCACGGGCACUGCAUUCGUUUGCUGAUUAACAUGGCAGCGGAGGUGUACGACAAUGAUGAGCGAACGCAGGGGCUUGCGCUAGCUUCUGUUUGUCUCUUGCGGUCGUAUGAGAUUUUGAGUGAAGAGGUAGACCCAAACAGGCACCUCCAGGGAGCAUCUUCACUGGCAGCCUAUCAUACCCCUCAAACUGACGCCUUUAGGUCUAGCCUUCGAGCAGCAGGCUUCUGGAACUAUCUUCGUGAGGACAUCACCUUUAGCUUAUUCCGCAGAUGCCCGCUCAAGAUAGACCUUGCUCAGGUGCCCCUAGCCCUACCGGCGUCUGAUUCAAGAACCGAUCAGGACUACCUUAGUGCCGUUACUCUCAUUCUAGGCCGCAUCAUCAAUACAUGCUUCAAAGGCUCGGGUUCUGUCACGGAGGAGUCGUGGUCUAGCCUUUCUCAUCUGUUACGUGAAUGGCGUAAAAGUCUACCGUCACAGUUUGAACCCUUUUCCACGGUUGAACGCGGUCUGGGCCUCGCCUUGCCAUCCAUUUGGCUGCUCAGAGAUCAUCAUGCGGCGGCCCUUCACUACCAGCUUGUCGCCACUACGAUACUCUGUAUCCAUGCAAGCCCGCAACAAUUAUCAAGUCUUCAAAACACACUAGACGGCCGAGACGGCCGUCAAGACACAAAAGACGAUAUCCUCGAGCACCUCGCCCUCGAUGUCUGCGGCGUGACCUUCACCGCCAACACGCCCUCGGUUCAAGUCAAUGCCUUUGGCCCCAUUGCAUUCUGCGCACGAUUCAUCAGAAGAGAAGCCUCGCGACAGGAGCUGAUCCGCCGCCUCUUGGCGUGUAAGCGAACAAUCGGCUGGCCCGUCCAGAGACUCGUCUCGGAGCUGGAGACGGAGUGGAGGAAUCCGCCGCCGCCGGAACAAGCAGACAACGAAUGA